AUUAAUUCCCCACAGAUUUUCCCUCUCUUCGUCUUCGUUCACCGCCGUCGCCAUCGCCAUCACGUCCGUGUUAGGGUUUUUCACCCUGCAACUCCUCCUGCAAUAACCCUGGGAGUUCCCGAUUCGCGAUCGGAAUUAUGAGGGUCGGAGCCAUCGCUUCGUCCGUCUCCGCCCUCCGUUUCCCGAUCCGCCACCGCCUCUUCCUCUCCUCAAAUCACUCUCAUCUCGCUGGUUCGCUGCCUCUCCGCCGCGCACGUUGCCCAAGCGGUCGGAGAACGAUGUCAGAGCAGUUCUCUUCGCCGUUUUCUUCUUCUUCAGCACCGAUUGCGUCAUUGGGCCGGCCCGUCGAUGGUGAUAUCGAAGCCAAGAAGCCUCCGCAGCAGCAUCCCUGGCUCAUCGUCGGCCUCGGAAAUCCCGGCAAGAGGUACAGCGGGACUCGCCACAAUGUGGGUUUUGAGUUUGUAGACACGAUAGCUGAAGCCGAAGGGAUAUCCAUGAGCAGUGUUUCUUUCAAAGCCCUCUUUGGAAAAGGUUUCAUAGGAAAUGUCCCAGUCAUGCUUGCCAAACCACAAACAUUUAUGAAUGCCAGUGGCGAGUCUGUAGGACCUAUCGCUUCAUAUUAUAAGAUCCCAUUGAAGCAAGUACUGGUGGUUUUUGACGACUUGGACUUGCCCUUUGCAAAACUACGCUUGUUGCCAAAGGGUGGACAUGGCGGACAUAAUGGGAUGAGAAGCGUGAUUAAUCAUCUAAAAGGGAGCCGUGAUUUUCCUCGAUUAAGAAUAGGCAUUGGGCGGCCACCUGGUAAAAUGGACCCGGUGAACUUUGUUAUGCGACCUUUCAAUAAACAGGAGCGUGAGGAGUUGGACUAUACAUUUCAACAAGGACUAGCGGCUAUGCGGAUCCUUCUGCUGGAAGGAUUUGAUAAGAGUGCAACAUUUGUCAACAGCAACAAAUCAUUGGAACAACUUAGUUGAAAAGUUACUUUCUUUUUCCAGACAGGAACUCUGCUGUAGCCACUUUCAGAUACUUUGCUCCAUAACGCCAUUUAGUCGGGCAGCCAGAAGAGGCUUGUCGGGUAAAAGCUGGUUCAGACGAAUUGAUGCAACGAAGAACAUCUUCUUUUCUAAGUUGCUUCACUGAUUAUUUGCGCCUUGGUUCAUAAUUUAAUCAAAAUGUACUUUGGUUGUCUUUUUUCCAAAUCAGAGCUGAAAUCGAAAAGUUCUUAUAGGCUUUUGCAA